UCUAACUUUACAUUCAUCGCGGACCAGCCCCCUGUUCAGCAGCAUGGCUCUAUCCAACAAGUGGUGGAUUUUGUGCGCCGUUUUGGUCUCUUGUGUCGCCCGUUUUGGGUCCUGCAGAAGACAUGGAGAAGAUGGAGCUCAACCCGAGCUCUUCAUCUUCAAUGAAUUGUGCGCCCUGAAGGACGAGUCAGGGCCUUGCAAAGCCAUUAAGGAGCGAUUCUUCUUCAAUGUCGACACGGGACGCUGUGAGCUGUUUGAAUACGGAGGCUGUGGGGGAAACAACAACAAUUUUGAGAACUUGGAAGCAUGUGAGGAAACAUGUCUCGUCUCAGAUGACAAGAACCCGUGUCACUUAUCCGAAGCUCCUGGUCCCUGUCGAGGGCUGUUGACGCGUUACUUCUUUGACAGCACGAGUCAGCAGUGCAAGCAUUUCUUUUACGGCGGCUGCUUUGGCAAUGCCAACAAUUUCAGGGGCAUGGCGGAGUGCCAGGCCAAAUGUCAGAGCCCAGAAAAGCCCACUAAGGCACCAGAAGUCCACACACAGCCACAAUCCGUUGUUGUGCAGCCAACCUCCGUAACUGAGGAAUUGACUAUUGAUAAACUUCAGGUGCAAGCGAACGGCACUAAUCUACAGCUUGAAGACGUGAAGCCCACAGAGCCGUGCUUCAGUCCGGUGGAGCGGGGAACAUGUCAGAUGGCAAAGAGAAGGUUUGCAUACAACCCCAAGACCAAGAGAUGCCAGAUGUUUAAGUACAGCGGCUGCGGGGGAAACGAGAACAACUUCACAUACCGGAAAGACUGUAUUAUCAAGUGCAUUAGAAAAAGAAAGGCUCUUGGGAACAGGAUGAUCCGAAUAAGGAAGAAAAACCUAAGCAACAUUGUUGAUCGCUCAGUCUGAACACUUGAUCUGCAUUACAUCCUGCACGACUGUGGCGCCACCUGUAUUUAUGUCCAUAUGUUAAGUUUAGCUUUACUCACAUCUAUUGUGUUUUAGUGCUGCAGUACUUGUAUAAAAGUCAUUUAGUGUACGUGAAUUAGCUUUGUAGUAACUGAAUGCAUAAUCCACAUUAUUUUAAUAUCUCAAUGACAAAGACACAUUUGUUUUUUUGCUGAUCUCCACAGUGAUGCAGCGUGUACAAAGGCUUUUGUAUAAACGAUGUAUUGUGUCAUUUAAAUUUUACACUUUCAGGGCUUUGUUAUACAGUAAGCCCUGAGAGGCAAGUGAGCAUUAUUCUUUCCUGGUGAUCUAUAAGUCUAUACGUCUGAUCUGAAUAGUUUUCUCUCCUUUGUUUAUGACUUAAGAACAACUGAAACAAAAAGUUUAACCUGUAUUAUUACUAACGAUUAAGGUACUUUUUUUUUCAUCUUUGAAAACAGUUAAGGAAAACUAUUUGUAAUUGUUGUUGGAAUACUCAUUUUGCCCACAAGAGGCUGAAGUGCAAUCAUGUUUUCUGCCAGGAGAGUUUUCAUUUCUCCAUACACAGUCAAACACAACACACAUAAAGCAACCUAGAAACACGUUUUCUCCACCUGUGGAUGAACAAAUACAUAAGGAAUUUAUAAAGAUUAUUCUGGCAAAACCUGUAAUUCACCCGUUCUUAAGUCCUAAACACAGGAGAGGAAACAAUUUACAUAAGACUUUGAAAAUAGAUUCAGAAUGUAUUUUCUCGCUUGCCCUCUUAGGGCUUCCAUACUGUUAUGAUCGUACUGAUAUACACCAAAGCUGCAGCGAUAUUUCUGUUCAAUAACAACAUUAAUGCUUGUCCUGCAUAUGUAUUGUGUCUGUACAGUCAUUGACGCUUUUGUACAAGGGGGAUAGCUCCAUUAAUCAAAGUGAAUAUUGAUGCAUUAGCAGAUUGAACUGGUGGCAAUCCAUUCCAGAAUCAACCACAACACUAUAUGAAAUGUCAAGCACACACAUUCGUCAAGAUGUCUUCACAGCUAUAAAUCAAUGUGAACAAGGCAAUGACUGCUUUAUUUUUGCCAGAUUAAACAUGAAGACAUUUUUGUUUUCUUUUUUUAAUCAAUAUUAUGCAGUUUCGUAAAUCACUCUUGCAGUCCUGCUGGUGUUGUUGCUAAGGAAACACAGAAGAGGGCAGUGUUGUGUAAAGUAAGUUUUCAAAGAGGUUGUAAGCACUAGUCUCUGUUGACUUCACUUUACUGUCUGCUUUUAUAACCAUGCCUGUGAUCAAUUGUAAGAGUUUAUGUAUUAAACUUCAACAAUGUUGCCUUGAAUUUGAAUGAUGGCAUUAUUUGUUGUUUAUAAUUUUCUAAACAUAUCACAAUUAUAUUGCUAUCGUGAUUUAUUUUGGCCACGAUAAUCGUGUAGUGAAAAUCUGAUAUUAUGACAGCCCUAAUUUGCAGGUUUACUAAAACAGAGAUUAGAACAAAUGCAAAACAGACGUGUCAACAGUCAAAUUAGUUACUUUUUAGAAUCAUUUUGAAAAGGAAAUAAAAAUGUGUAAUACAACAAAUGUUUUUUGAAAAUAAGAUGACAAACAAAUACAAAACUGAGGUUUGAGCACUAGUGAGGUGCUUUUGUGGUUGGGACUAUUGGGUGUAUGUAUGUAAUGUACAUGUAUUUUAUUUUGAAAAUAAAUAUGAAUGUAAAAAGGGUAA